AUGAGAUUUGCCACACAGGCCUUUAUGCUCUUGCUCUUCAGUAUUUACGUUGCUGGUGGUCUAAUUCCCCCAAAAGUUGUAAAGUCUUUCAGCUACAAGGUGAAGUCUCACAAUAAGGAUAUUGCAACCGAAUUCCUCAGUGAGCAUCAGGACAUUCCUCAACUAAACAUUUACAACUCCGAAAUGAGACACUACUCAGGCACCUUUGACAAGACGAAGUCCAGCGGUAUCUUAAUCACCAAAGAAGCUAUGAAUCAAGAACAUUUCCGAAAAUUUGGACUCAAAAAAGUUGCCGACGUCGCGCGCAGCUUUGACGUUGGUGGACUAUAUAGCGAUAGCGCAGCACAGCCAGUUGCAUUCCCACCCGAUACGCGGGCACUAUUUUUACUGAACACGCAAGCUGAGAAGCAGAAUACGGAUGGCUCCGACUUGCUUUUGAGUGUUCCUUUUGAUAUACAUAAAGGUUAUCAGCUGGUAGACUACAGUCUGUUGCUCCCAUUCAGAUAUCUCAAAUUGAGAAAUGAUCUUGCUAGCUUUUUGGGUACAUCGGCAAAAGAACAAAAGCAGGGCGUUCUGUAUUACAAUGCGAACACAAAACUGGAAAUCAGCAGACCUGUGUUCAUUAUGGUUUUUGCAGAGAACCCAGAACAGUCGAAAUCAACCUUCUUUGAUAUCUUUGCAAAAGGAUGGAUCAAAUUCCUAGGCUCUUUCGACCUCACUCAUUCCGUAUUCUGUUCCGUGAAAGACCAUCUUUCAAACACCUGUGUGAACAUCAACACCGACGGAAAUGCAAUAAACGUCCAGCCAGCGUUUUCGAACUCACAUAUUGGAUUCAAUCACCUCUUCUCUACUCUUCAGAGAAUGCAAAAGCGAGAUGUUGAGACAUCAUCACUGCAACCUCAGUUCCGUCAAUUUGCAACAUUUGCGAACUUCUCAAGACUUAAUAUCAAUGACCCCGAUGAUCCAUUCAAAGCAGUCAAAAUACAGGUGUCUGAUCCGGGACUUCAGAGUAACAAGAAGAAUUAUAAAAACGGGUCUUCUUGCAACUCAAUAGACCAGAAUGGUAAUGAAGUUCACAAUUCUACGAAGCUACCAGACGUUUCAAUGAAAGACCUUUACCCUUCAGUGAGCACGGAGCCCCAGCUACCGCGCCCUUCUCAGUAUUCUCAGGUCAUAUUCCCUCAGCUGAGCAAGUAUGACAAAAGAAGCCUGGUGGACUUUUUUCCCACUUUCGGUUGA